CUGCUCACAUGACUGUGAUUAGAGCAGAGGAGGAGUGUGGUGGGACAGAGAGAGCGAGAGAUGGUGAGCACCAUGAAUGACACAUUUCAGGUUCUGGUGCACAGAUCACAUCCAGGAAUCCAACUUGCCUUUUAUUGCUGGCUGCGGGACGUCCACUGUUUCAGGGUAUGAGGGUGUUAAACUGGUGCAUGCUGGGAGUGACCAUUCUGCUGCUGAUGUGCGAGGUCGCCAUCAGUCAGCUGUGCAAGUCCCUCAUCACCCUCGUAGAUGGUUUCCACACGCUUUUCAUCCUCAUGCACUUGGCCCUUCCUCUUCCUCUUCCUCAGAAUGCGAGCACAAUUAAAGCAUCGCCCUCCUCUUUGGAGCCCUCUGCAUCGCCUCCAGCUGCUUCCUCAUCUUUAGCUGCACUUCCCGCCUCUCUGUCUGCAGAGUCCUCCAUUGAACCUCUGGCUGGUACCCAGAGAAUCAGUACUCAACCUAAUCAUGAGAAACCUUCACUGAUCAACACUCAUCAACACUUCUCCCCAAAGAUCUCCCCUGCAGCUUUGAACUGUGGUCUGUCCUACCCCAACAGCAGGGUUCAGGUUGUGAGGGUUUUCAUUUCCACCCUCCUGCUGGCCUCCCUGUGUAUCUCGUACUUCAUGGAAAUCAUCCACUUUUUCCUGGAGCCACACCCAGUGCAUCAACCCCAGCUAGCUGUGGUGGUUGGAGCAGUCUGCACACUCUAUAAGAUGCUGGUAUUUGGGCUGAGUCUGCAGCAUAAGGAGACCAGGUUUGGCAGGCAGCAAAGAGAGAGUGAAUCUUCCCUACCAGUGAAUCAAAAAGUCUUGGCUGAUGAGCAAUCCAUAGGCCAAGAGGAAUUCAAAGACGUGAGCCCAUCGCAAGUCGAGUCUGCUAUGGACAAUGUGCUCCACAGUGGGGCUCUUGUCCUCUGCAAUCCGGUAACCUCCAGCAUCCCUGACACUGACUCCAAAAGCCCACUUCAACAGCCAGAAGUCCACCUGCAUGAAUGUAAAGUGGUGAACAGUGCUGAGGGUGUGAAGCCUUGGAAGUGUGAGAGUGAUAUCAGAGACUUCAUAGAGAGCCCUGAACACAACACCAGCACGGGACAUCGUGAGAGUCAAAAUGUAUCUAAAACCUCUGCAGUCUGCAAGUCUUUACCACACACUGAGAGGCCUAUUCCUAGCAGCCAUUGGCCCAUCAGCCUCCUGUCGUUGAUCUUUGUCAGUCAGGGACUUUUUACGUCUCUUCUGGCCCUGAUCCACAGUCUGGUGAUGCUACUGAUCCCCCCAGAGGUCCUCAACAGCUCUGGAGCCUGUAGCCUCCUGGUUUACCUGGAUCCUGGCCUCUCUCUGCUGGCUGUCAUUAUGCUGAUUGGCACUACUAUGCCACAGUUGUACAGGUAUGGGCUUCUGUUACAUCAGGCCACACCACCACACAUUUGUGUGUCUGAUCUCGGACGGAGGAUUGCAAGUGUGCCUGGAGUGCAGGCUGUGCACGAUCUCCACAUCUGGCAGUUAACUGAAUCACUUCUUGUGGCCUCUGUUCAUGUGCACUGCUACGCAGGAUUUCCAGCACACAGGUGUGCUGAAGUGAUGUCAGGAGUCACUAACGUUCUGCAGAGUGUAGGAGUGAGCUGUUGCACUGUUCAGCCAGAGUUUGAUUCCUCCUUAGUUAGUGAGGGUGGAGCGUCCCCUGUUAUCCACAGAGAGGACCCUUCACCGCCUCCUCGACUGGCCUGCAGUCUCUCCUGUGGAAAGGCCUGUGCCAGGAGUAUGUGCUGUUCUCCUCCAGAUGAGGAGAGCUGGGGCCUCCUGGCGCCACCAAGUGGAGAAACAAAGGAAGAGCCUCAGACUUUGGUCAUUGAAAACACCUUCCUCUGACCCUAAACAAAGAAUCCUGAAUAAUCUCCUUCAAUAGUAUUGUGGUGCUACUCCAAGACAUUUUAUGCAAUAUCAAACAAAAUUCUGUGAUCAGUUAGUUUUUUUUCUCUUUGUUUUUAAUCCGGUGUGUUGCUUCAUUUGUACCUGGAACGUCUGUUAUUGCU